CAGUCGCGAGCAGAGUUCAAACAGCCCCACCGUCACAGACUAAACUCUGCUUGUUUUGUCGACAAAAUGCACAGAUUAAAGAUAAUCUCGGGACACUUGGGUGCCUCCGGUCCCUCAGGGUCCAGACGGGAUUUACGGAGGGCGGAGUGCGGCUCAGCAGCCGGCAGGAGUCCGGAGGACGUGGUGGUGGUUCAUGGACUCAGGACUGCUAUCGGGAAAGCUAAGAGAGGAGCGUUAAAGGACACAACGCCUGACGAGCUGCUGAGUGCAGUGAUGACAGCUGUGCUGAAAGAUGUUGGACUGCCACCCAACAAGCUGGGGGACAUUUGUGUGGGUAAUGUUCUGCAGCCUGGUGCCGGUGCUCUGAUGGCCCGAGUGGCUCACUUCCUCAGUGGGUUUCCAGAGACGGUGCCGGUCUACACUGUGAACAGACAGUGUUCCUCUGGACUGCAGGCUCUGUUUAACAUAGCAGGAGCCAUCAGGAGCAGAUCCAUUGACCUGGGCCUCGCAUGUGGUGUGGAGAGCAUGUCCCUGCGUUCUAUAGGUAAUCCAGGAGAUUUGAGCUCCAGGCUGAUGGACAACGACAAGGCCAGAGACUGCAUCAUCCCGAUGGGCAUCACAUCAGAGAACGUCGCGGAGCGGUUCGGAGUCUCCAGAGAAAAACAGGACGCCUUCGCUCUCAGUUCUCAGCAGAAAGCUGCCCGGGCGCAGAGCUCGGGUCUCUUCCAGCAGGAGAUCGUUCCCAUCACCACCAAGUUGGUAGACAACGACGGUAAAGAGCGGCAGGUGACGGUCGCUAAGGACGAUGGCAUCAGAGCAGGAACCACUCUGGCGGGACUCAGUAAACUUCAGCCAGCCUUCAGACCUGACGGCAGCACCACAGCAGGUAACUCCAGCCAGGUGAGCGACGGAGCAGCGGCCGUGCUGAUUGGUCGCCGGUCUGCAGUUGAGGCUCUGGGUCUGCCGGUCCUGGGGGUCCUGAGGGCCAGUGCAGUAGUGGGGGUCCCUCCUGAUAUUAUGGGUAUUGGACCGGCGUUCGCCAUCCCUGCAGCUCUGGAGCAGGCUGGACUGACUGUGGCUGAUAUCGAUGUGUUUGAAAUCAACGAGGCCUUCGCCAGUCAGGCGGUGUACUGUGUGGAGAAGCUGGGAAUCCCGUUGGAGAAGGUGAAUCCUAACGGAGGAGCCAUCGCUCUGGGUCAUCCUCUGGGCUGCACCGGAGCUCGACAGGUGGUGACGCUGCUCAACGAGCUCAGACGCAGAGGAAAGAGGGCGUUCGGCGUCGUGUCCAUGUGCAUCGGUACCGGGAUGGGAGCUGCUGCUGUCUUUGAAUACCCCGGACCAUAGGAGGAGACCACCAAUCACUGGUCAACAUGAUGGAUAAUCUGUAAAUGUCUACCUGAGGUAAUCUGCCUGAGAUUAGAUAUACUGGGAGUAGAAGACGUGUGUGAUCUGGACAGAAAAAAUCAUCGCAGAUCGUGAUCUAAACUGUGAUGUUUUCUCUAAAUUUUGAAAUUCUCACGCAUCUUGUGAUUAAAACCUUACUUUGAAGGUGUAAACAGAAGCUAGAAGAUAACAAAGUACCACUUUUCAAGUGCUCAGAAUUCAAAUAGUAAAAAAUGUAACCUUCUCAAUCACGGAUGUUUAUUUUUGGCACAAGCUCCUCAUCCUUCCAUGCUGCUGUUUACCCGAGGAAGAGGCCAUUAAAUACCGCUAUCUCUACAAUUCGCCUGAAAAGUAGACCGUGGACGCCUUCAAGAUCAAUCAGAAUGUAAAAUCAUCCGAUCGGCCGCCCCCCAGCCAAGAGUCUGUGAUGUUUAUACAGCAUGGCGACCAAUUAAAAAAGACCAGGAAUUAAAUACUUACGCAGGCCGUCAGAGUUUUACUAAUUCCAGAAAAACGUGGCUGGAAUUUGGUCUGUGCCUUCUGAUGAGAGAGCAGCUUAAAGGGCCGCCUCACCGUGUUUAUGGUUCGAACGGUCAGGUGAGCAUAUGAACACCUUAACCUCUUGCUUCCUCUUGCUCCUUAAUGUGAUUUCAGUGUCAGUGAUGGGGGACAAACUCCUCAGUUAUGUAAAGCUAACAUGAGGCUUCAGUCUGAGCGAGACAGUUCAAACAGAUGUCUAGUGCAGUUACAGCAUUCUUUGGCAGAUUUCCACUUGAUUUGUCUAAUUCAGACCAUCUGAAGCCACAUUUCAGUAUCAGAUAGACUUGUGAAUACAUUUUUACAGAAUGAGGACUGUGGAUUUUGUUAGAGCAAGAAAAACCUUUUUCAGUGUUCACAUGGUCACAUGACUGUUCUUCCAAGACUGAUUUGAAUAACUGUGAAUAGAGAUGCAUGAUAUUGGGUUUGAGUCAAUAUUUCCCAACUCAUUUUGGCUGAUAUAUGAACAUAUUUUGUUCCACCUCACUGCAGAGAUCAUCCAGUCUGUACGGUAGUGGAAUGAACAUAUUAUUAAGUCCGCUCUUGUCAUGAUGGCCCACUGGCAGAUGCAGACAAACUACAGUGCCUUUCAAAACGCACACAAUCACAGGAAAACUGCUGCUGUUUCUCUUUGUUCUUCACAAAUUUUAUCAUAAUGAUCAGGACCAAGGCUCUUAAGAUGGACAGUUCGUUUUGUAGUGUUGAAGGAAUGUGAAUUGGCUCCUCGUCACAUGACUGACGCUGCAGAUAGCGACUUUGUUUCAGAUGCUUGAAAAAACCUCCGCCCCCCAGAAAUACUUUCACCACGUGUAUAAUUAAAGCGUUAUCAGGCUGAUACCGAUAUUUAAUUCUAAAGCCUUUACUGGGCAAUACUGAUAUCGUGCGUUAUCGUGAACUUGUCCUUUAACAGCAUGUUGCAGUACAACCUGCCUGCUCUCCCACACCAGAAGCUAAAUGUAUUCACUACAUUAAUAACAGCUCAUAACUGCACAAAUGCUGUUCGAUUUAACAGAUAAGCCCAGCAGUGUUACAGAUCUGAACAGGGCUCCAGAGAGGUUUUAAUCAAUCUUUACAUUAAUCUCCCACUGAACUAUUGCUGCUGUGCUUUAGGUGUUAAUACAGUUCAAAUAUUUUAAGUGCCUUUGCUUCAUGCUGCUGAUCAAACCACUUCAGCAGUUUUUCCAGGACCAGAUUUAUCCUGCUUUAAUCAACCGUCCAACCUGUAUCUGCAACAAGUCCUGUCAGGUGUUAAACUGAUGGCUCCAGUGUCUGUGAAGCUCUGUUUCUAACUGAUGCGAUGUAGGCUAGUUUCUUCCACAGCAUACUGUCAGAUACAGUAAAGCAACAGGCUUUUAUUGUGAAACAGCUACAGGAAGUCAUUAAAUUAGCAGAGCUUUGUUAGCAGGGCUAGUCUUCAGUAAAAACAGGUGUGCAAAAUGAGAUAUGGACAUAUUCUGCGCAGGGAGGAAUACAGAGCUGCAGGUGAUAGGCUCAUACUGAGUUUUCUUUAGACUGUCAUCAAUGUAAAAAAAUGAAUGUUUACCCAGUCGAGCUGUCAGCUGUCACUGACGCUCAGCUCUUCUCUCGAGGCUGACAAAAAAAAACCUUGAUUUUUCGCUGCAUUGAUCAUGAAUUCAUGUGUAAAGAUCCUGAGUUUGAUUUCCUGGAAGUGUUUGAGGAUGUUAUGAAGCCAGCAUGAUCUGUCAAAUCUGAGACCAAACAGUAAUUCUGUUUGGAAAUUAAUUUGAUCUGUAGAUAAUGAGCCUCAUGCAAGAACAUUCUCUUAUUCAUAUCCUGAACGUUGUAUGAUUCAGGUUCAACAAACUGACUGGACAAACUUGAGCUUCAUUACUGACAUGAUCCUAGUCUUAGAAACUGUCUCAUAAAUCUGCCUGUUCUGCAGCUGUUUGUGGGAAGUCCUGCAGUCAGAGAUCUGCAAACAAAAACUAAUUAGCAGAGUCGGAAGUCAUAUUACAGCACUACUUUGUCGUUCAAAAUAUUUUUCAAAAGAUUAGAAAAUAUGCUGCCAAUGAUAUGACAUCAGAGCACUGCGAGAAAUAAAGAGGGAAAGGCAGGAAUGGCCCCAGUCUGAGAUUUGCUGAUACCAAAUCUGAUCUGAUCUUAAAAUGAAGCAGGAGAAACCUGAUGAUGCCACAAACAGUCUUAAUCGCUCAUAUGUGCCACAUAAGAAAUCUGUUCUUGCACAAGGUUCAGUCUGUCACUGUUUUCUGAAACUGCAAUGACUUUUAAAUAACUGUAGAGCUUUGUAAAACUGAGCUGUGAAGAAUGUCUUUACAAUAAUGAUUUUCUGUGUGUACAAAUAAAACAUUUCAAUGUGAUC